GCAGCUCGGCGAAGCAGGCUGCGAGGACGUUACUUCUGCUCCUACAAGAUCUUCUGAGUUGGUGAAAUCUGAGCCAAAGAAAAAAUUACUAGGAGAAACUCUUUCAAAAGCUUGAAACACCAUCAUGAUCGGAGUUUGCCGCUUGCUUGCUGCGAUUUCUCCAACAACGGCGGUUCCUUCCAUUCCUUCUCGACCCGCGAAACCCUACUCCUUCCACUCGUUCACUGGGAUUAAGCUAUCCAAGGGUGGAAUAUGUCAUCUUGCGAUGCCCUGGAGAGCCGGAACCCUAAAAGAUGCCACGGAGGUGGAAAUCGAAACCGAUAAUGUUGCAGAUAUGGCGGAGGUUAACGGAUUACCAGAUUUGGAGAGGAAAUUGGAGGGGAAGGAGGAGGAAGAGAUUAUGGAGGGUUUACAUUCUCAUGGAGAGUUUUUUGGGAGGAAAAAGAGGAAAGCCGUUGAUUUAGAUGUCAACAACUACGAUAGAUUUAAGAUGAACAACGGCAGAGAGGUGUUUGAGGAAAAAGCAUACCUAGUUAGUGUUGAAUCUAAAGAUACCGAAGCUGAUAAUUUCGGAAUUGAAGAAUCUCUUAAGGAGCUUGCACAAUUAGCAGACACUGCAGGUCUUUUGGUCGUUGGUAUGACACAUCAGAAGCUUGCGGCUCCAAAUCCUAAGACAUAUAUUGGAUCUGGAAAGGUUGCUGAAAUAAAGAGUGCAGUUCAUGCUCUUGAUGUAGAAACAGUAAUUUUUGAUGAUGAGUUGUCUGCUGGGCAAUUGCGAAAUUUGGAAAAAGCUUUUGGUGGAGAUAUUCGUGUUUGUGAUCGUACUUCACUCAUUCUGGACAUCUUUAAUCAGAGGGCUGCAACGCAUGAAGCAGCUUUACAGGUUUCUUUGGCACAAAUGGAAUAUCAACUUCCACGCCUAACAAAAAUGUGGACUCACCUUGAACGCCAAGCAGGAGGCAAGGUUAAGGGAAUGGGUGAAAAACAAAUUGAAGUAGAUAAGCGUAUUUUGCGUACUCAAAUAGGAAUUUUAAAGAAAGAGCUGGAAUCUGUCAGAAAACAUCGGAAAUUAUAUCGCAAUCGUCGUUUAUCUGUUCCUAUUCCUGUUGUAUCUCUUGUUGGAUAUACAAAUGCUGGGAAGAGCACGCUGCUUAAUCAUUUGACUGGAGCAGAUGUUCUAGCUGAAGAUCGUUUAUUUGCUACAUUAGAUCCUACUACUAGAAAGGUUCAGAUGAGCAAUGGUAGACAAUUUCUUCUUACAGAUACUGUUGGGUUCAUACAAAAGCUACCUACCAUGUUGGUUGCUGCAUUCAGGGCUACAUUGGAGGAAAUUUCUGAAUCAUCCCUUUUAGUUCAUGUGGUGGAUAUCAGUCAUCCUUUAGCACAACAACAAACUGAUGCAGUGGACAAGAUUCUGCAAGAAUUGGAUGUGGCUUCUAUUCCAAAGCUGGUGGUGUGGAACAAGGUUGACAAGACUGAUGAUCCUUGCAAAGUAAAACGCGAAGCAGAAAAGAAAGGAAUCCUCUGCAUAUCAGCUACCAUUGGUGAUGGGUUGGAGCAAUUCUGUGAUGCAGUUCAAGCAAAAUUGAGGGAGUCAAUGGUACUAGUGGAAGCUUUUCUUCCAUAUGGCAAGAGUGACCUCCUCAAUACUAUUCAUCAUGUUGGAAUAGUAGAGAAAACAGAAUAUAUGGAGAAUGGGACGAGAGUCCGAGCAUAUGUUCCUCUGCCAUUAGCAAGGUCGCUCACACCGAUGAGGCAACAAGUGGCUUCAGCUCUCUAGAGAUAAAUGCAUAGAUGUAUCUCUUGUGCGGGGGAAAUUAUUAGGUACGGACAUUCAAUUAAAACUUGCCACGUGGACUGUGCUUUGACUGCUCUUUAACUCCGGUUUAGGUGCGCUUUACUUGUGCUUUUGACGCGCUUGACAAAAUUUUACGGACACGUGUACAUUUUACAUGUCAAUAUGUUAUUGGUGUUCAUAUGUAUUUCUACGUCCGGUAACCGGGCCUAAUAAUUUACCCUUGUGGGGAGCCAUUGUUUAAGGAAGGGGAAGCGUUAUUGUAUUUCUAUAUCUGAACAGUUAUCCUGACAAAUAACUAAACAAGAAUGUUGCUCCAGUGCAAAGAAAUUGGUAUUAUUA